AUGACAAGCCAUAUGAUUGGCAACCGCAACAGCACUCCAGAGGCUGUGCCAAACUCCGGCUUGCGUCCUCCGUCAUCCGCCCGCAAUCUCGGAACGCAUCAACUGCGAGCAUCGGCAGACAUGUCUGGUUUCCCCUCACCACUGUCAGCCCGCACCAUCCGUCCAGCAUCGGAAGUCUUCUACCCCCAAUCAUCUCAAGGCCAAAAUGCGACAGAAGAUGCGCUAGACCGGGCAGCGCAGCAGUGGCUGUCGGAUAUUGACCAAAACGAGACAACUCUGGAAGAUAUGGCCGCUGCUACGCUCGACCAAGACUUCAAAGACGAACUUAGUGCUAUCGAGCAAUGGUUCCGUGUCCUGAGCGAGCCAGAGCGGACGGCGGCUUUGUAUGCUUUGUUGCAGCAGACGACCCAGGUGCAGAUUCGAUUCUUCAUCCAGGUAUUGCAGCAAAUGUCCCAGAGCCACCCAAUGUCCGGGCUUCUCUCACCGGCCAACUUUGGUGAAAAAGACGCCAUGUCUAGUCGAUUAAGCGAUGCCAUGUCGAAACUCAAUAUGGAUGCCUCACGGAACUCUAUCGGCCGACCACCACCGUCCCCCGGCGCUAAGCGUAACUCGGGUCUUGAUCCCUCUACUAUUAAUGCCAUGUUCCCGGAUGCCGCUGCUGCGAUUGCAAAGAAGAAGGCGGAAUUCACGCAGCAAACGGGCAAUGCCCCACCCCCAUCCAAUCGUAAUAGUGCGGUCUUUGGUGAUCGUGCAUUUGUUGCUCCCACCAUCUCGGCGCCCGACAACAACGACAACCUAGGCCAGCCGCCUGCCUCUCCAUGGACCCAGCGCGGUGGCCUUCCAGACACUCAGCCCCCGAUCGCCCGACCCAAGUCUUCCUCAGGCCACCAGCCCAUGGGCCAGUUCAGCCAGCCCUCUGGAAUGCGGUCUCCUCUCCCUCAGAGUGCCUCGAUCCCCCAACAUGACAUUGAGCCUCCCCUGCUCUCCCCAUACAAUGUUGGAGGUGGAAGCUGGGCAUCGAUGGCAAACACGCCCAUGACUGCGACAUUUGCUCAGAACCAAGGAAACUCCCACGCUGACAUGGUGGCCAAUGCGACUGCCAUGAAAUUGGCAGCCCUGUCUACUGUUAACAAUCGCAUUGCUCUUGAUGAUGCCCGCAAGUACCGUCGUGCCCGCUCCAAUGAUGGCCAGGGGCGGAAUUCUCUGAAUGCGGCUGUUUCCUCAGGUUUGGCUAGCCCAGGUCUGCAUGGUUCCAUGUCAGGGCAGCUUUUGAAUGCCCAACAACUGGCCGCUCUGCAGGCUCAGCAGCAGGCAGCGAUGGCGGGUCGUCGCUCACGUCCUAAUUCGCCCGGUAUCGCUAUGCAAGGCGGUGGACUUGGCGCCAUGGGCUUUACCUCGCCACAGAACAAUGGCUUCCUGGCAGCCUACGACCCGACUAACCCACUGAUGGGUAAUGGACUAAGCUCUUUGGGAAUCGGACAGUUCGGGCUGGGCAGUGAAGGUUACUUGUCCGAUCACUCGGAAGUCACCCGUGGCCGCUCGCCUCGUGGUCGUCGUGGUAGCUCUAAGCCGCCGGAGGACCCCACCGACCCUACUCUUCUGAAGGAUAUCCCCAGCUGGCUGCGAUCCCUUCGUCUACACAAGUACACCGACCACUUGAAGGAUCUGCAAUGGACCGAAUUAGUUGAACUCGAUGACAAGGCCCUGGAGGACCGUGGCGUCAACGCGCUGGGUGCACGCAACAAGAUGCUCAAGGUAUUCGAGCAGGUCAAGGAAGCCCGUACCGAUGGGAAACUGGAUAACAUCUCUUGA